AUGCAGCUUUAUGAGUGUCGGCCGCCGUACUCCUUCGCAAUUCUGCUGGCCACAGACACUGGCAUCCUCCGUCACGGCCUUUCUUACCACAGACGGCUGUGGGAGAAGCUGUGCCAGGCGGAGCACGAGGCUGAUUCUGGUAAUGCCGGGCUCGGUCAUUACUUACAAGGAUUGCUGUGGCCGCGAAGCACUUUCUGCCGGGAGGUCUUGGUUGCAUUGCAUGAGACCGGCUUCAAGGAGGUGCCGCGAGACGUGCGGGGACAGCUGGAGCAGGCCAUUUGCUAUGAAUCCCUUGCCACCCUGGUCACUGCCAAGACGCUGGCCGAAAGGAUCCCAUCCUGCAGCGGCAUCUACAGCUCCGAUCUGAAACGCGCAAAAGCGACGGCGGAGAUCUAUGCCAAGGAGCUGGCAUGCGAGGUCACGGUAGAACCGCGGUUGCGCGAACCCAGCCUCGGGAAGUUUGAGGGGAUGGUGAAGCACGACAUUUACAGCCAGUACGCGGACAUGUUCAAGCGACUGGCGAAGAUGAGUCAGAAGGACAGGCUCGACGAGGCGUACUUCGAGGGUUUGGAAACGCCAGCGCACACCAGCAGCCGCGCAGAGGCAGCGGCUGCCGAUGUCUUCCGCGACCUUCCCGACGGCGCCACGGUACUCUUCGUCACCCACAGCAAAGUCUUGGAGGCAGUUCUGGCCAAAGUGUUCGACAGGUUCUACGAAGGCGUCCACACCACGCCUGGUGCCUUCUUCCACUGGACGUACCGUGCCAACUCCAAUGAGCUUUCAUAUAUGCAUAAGAUAGACUGCCAUGAUUUCCAGGUAGAGCAGUAG